CUAUUUUCUGAGCUUACAUGAGUUAUGAGUAUAUGGAUGCCAACAUAUCAUCCUUAGAGAGUCAAAUUUCCUUCUUGACUUCUCUAAUAAAGGAAUUUAUUUUAAACUCGGAAGCUCAAGAUGCCAACACAUGCAACAUUUGCAUGUCUCACAGACAUCUUACGGAUUUCUGCCCAAAGCUCCAAGAUGAAUACCUUAAAAGUGAUGAUGUUGGUUACAAAAGGGAUGAACCUCACAUGAGGUAUGAUCCGUUCUCCAACUCUAACAUGUCUACGGAGGAUAUGGUCCGGGCUAUUGCUACCAACAUGACCACCAUGCAAAACAACAUGGUACAAUUCCAAAAUGAGACCAAGUCUAGCAUUUUAAACUUGGAAACUCAAAUGAGUCAAAUAGCCGGAGCCGUGAGUAGGCUUGAAACAAGGGAUUCAGAAAAUCUUCCUUCUCAAAUAGAAUGUGAUCCUAAACAGCAAACUUUUGCAAUCACAUUUACAAAUGAAAAGGAGAUACAAAAGGAGAUCCAGAAUCCAGAAGAAGUAGAAGAAGAAAAAGACACGGAGCUCCAACUGGUCAAAGAAGAGGAUAAGCCGAGCUUCAAAUUCAAACUUUUGUCAUUAUCAUCCUUUGAGGUAUCUCCAUCAUCCCUGGACCCUUUAAGAGAAACUCAUAAACUUGAAAAGGACAAUGACAUUUCUGAAAUCUCCUUCAAAAUUGAGGGAUCGAAAAACUUUUCAUUGACCAUACUACAUGAUAAUUUCUUCCCCUUCCUCCCACCACAUAAAUCAAUGAAAAUCUGGAUAUUUGAUCCUGGAAAGAUUUCCAAAGUGGAGAGUCGAGAAAUUGAGCACUCCUAUGGAGGUCCUAGGAGUGAAAAUUUGAAGAAAAUUAAUUAUCACGAUCCAAGCUUGAACGAUUGAACACAAUGAUGGCGUCGUGCCGCGACGUUAAAUUAGGCGCUUCUUGGGAGGCAACCCAAGCAAGGUAUGUUUUCUUUUCAUGUUUAUUUCAGUUUGUGUGCGUGUGUAAAAAAAAAAAAAAAAAAAAGGUGUAUUUGGAGACAUACCCGAUCGAGUAUAAGUCAAUACUCGGUCGAGUAUGUCUGGAAAAUCAAAACCACGAGCAGCCUGUCUCCUAUACCCUAUCGAGUAUCUAUCAAUACUCGGUCGAGUAU